AUGAUACACAUAUACAAAUACGAUAAGGUUUAUGAAACUUGGCGUUCUGAUUCUCAAACUCUGACUAGACGACUGGGGGGCCCCUAGUUUUCUCUCCACCUAACUCAUUUUACUCCCUUUUCCAUGUUUGAUCUUUUCUGAAGUAAGAAGCUUCUGGCUUGCAACACCACGAAACCCAAUUCCUAGCGCCUUUAGCUUUAUAUAUGCACCUCACCUUAGAGGAGGUUCUUAACCUAAUCUCGCUUCUGUUGUUGUUGUAUGUGAAAAAUACUAAGAGAUCGAGACAAUUGAAGGGUUUCACUGCUUCAAUUCUUUACAUAAUCCAAUAACCCAUUGAGUAGUUCAUCCAAACAUUGUUCGCAGCUGGCAUCAGAAACAACGAAAAGAUGAAGUUCGGGAAGGAGUUUGCCUCCCAAAUGGUCCCAGAAUGGCAAGAAGCCUACAUGGACUACGAGUAUCUCAAGAUCAUACUAAAAGACAUCCAAUCUUUCAAGCAAAGAACUAAGCCUCCGGUGACUCCGAGAAGUGGAUCAAAGAGAAGGAUGGCAAUUUACAGAUCCUUCAGCGGCCUAAUGAAAAGAUACAACAGUGUAAGAAGCCACGCCGAAGGAGACGUUGAGGAUCAAGUGAUACGAGUCGCUAAUCCGGAACAACGAGACGACAAUUGGGAGGGGCGCUACCAGACUCAUUUUCUUAUGUCGUCUGAAGAAGGAGGAGAGUACGAGCUCGUCUACUUCAGAAGACUGGAUGACGAAUUCAACAAAGUGAAUAUCUUCUACAGGGAUAAGGUGGAGGAGGUAAUGAAGGAGGCCAACAUGUUGAAUAAACAGAUGGACGCAUUGAUAGCAUUUCGGAUAAAGGUGGAAAAUCCCACAGAGUUGUUCGAUGGGUCAGCCGAGAUGGCUCGUCUUGCUUCAGAUGUUGCCAGCUCUGCGUCGGCAGUGACCGCCUCUACUCCUUCCAGCGCCAGAGACAGCAGUUCCAGUAGGCGCAUGGCUGUAAUAGAAGAGGCUGAACCAAGCACCCCAGAGAAUUCGGAUGACUCAAGUGAGGACACAAACGUCAAUGACACCGGAACUAUCAACAGGACUGUCAUGAGCGAAACUAAUCCAAACAAAAUGAAGGCCAACAGGCCAGCUCCAUUAGAAAUCCUUAGCCGUGUGAAGAUUAACAGCAGACUCGAGAGUCCGAUAUCCACCAUAAAAAGGUUCCUCAAGGUUCCCAAAAACAAAGAAUUAAAUUUUAAAAAGGAGGAGCUGAGGAAAAUUGAGGAACUACUAAAGCGAGCUUUUAUCGAGUUUUAUCAGAAGCUUCGACUUCUAAAGAGCUACAGCUUCUUGAAUCUAUUGGCAUUCUCGAAGAUAAUGAAGAAAUAUGACAAGAUAGCAUCAAGAAGUGUAUCGAGAGCUUAUCUGAACAUGGUCGACAAUUCCUACCUUGGUAGCUCUGAUGUGGUGACUAGGCUCAUGGAGAGGGUUGAAGCUACAUUCAUCAAGCACUUCUCAAACUCAAAUCGUAGUAAAGGAAUUAAAACCUUGAGACCAAAACCAAAGAAAGAAAGGCAUAGGGUUACAUUUUCGAUGGGUUUCUUUGCUGGAUGCACCGUAGCUCUACUUGUGGCCCUUAUUUUAAUCAUCCGAGCCCGAAAUAUCCUAGAACAUGAAGAAGGUGCUCAGUAUAUGGAAAGUAUGUUUCCGCUUUAUAGCUUGUUUGGAUUCAUUGUCCUUCACAUGGUUAUGUAUGCUGCGGAUAUAUAUUUCUGGAGACGCUACCGAGUCAAUUAUCCAUUCAUAUUUGGCUUCAAGCAAGGAACGGAGUUGGGGUAUAGAGAGGUCUUUCUCUUCAGUGCAAGUCUUGGCACGCUUGCUCUUGGAAGCGUUCUCUUGAACUUGGACAUGGAGAUGGACCCCAAAACCAAAGAAUACAAGGCCUUCACUGAGCUGCUCCCUCUGGGAUUACUUACACUUCUUGUUAUCAUAAUAUUUUUCCCAUUCAACAUCAUGUAUCGCUCAAGUCGCUAUUUCCUUCUACGUUGUGCAUUCCAUUGUGUUUGUGCUCCUCUGUACAAGGUUACUCUAGGAGACUUUUUCUUGGCAGACCAGCUAACUAGUCAGGUCCAAGCCAUUAGAAGCCUGGAGUUCUAUGUCUGCUACUACGGUUGGGGAGACUACAGACACAGAAUUAAUACUUGCAAAGCAAAUAAUGUCUACAACACAUUCUUUUUCAUUGUAGCAGUGAUUCCAUAUUGGUGCCGCUUCCUUCAGUGCGUUCGACGUCUGUACGAAGAAAAAGACCGAAUGCAGGGAUAUAACGGGCUGAAAUACUUCUCAACUAUCGUGGCUGUCAUUAUGAGGACAGCUUACAAUCUAGACAAGGGAAAGGGUUGGUGGGUGAUGGCCUGGGUCACGUCAGCCAUUGCUGCAAUCAGCGGCACUUACUGGGACAUUGUUGUUGACUGGGGGCUCCUGCAACGCCGGUCUAGGAAUCGUUGGUUGAGAGAUAAGCUCCUCAUCCCACACAAAAGCGUUUACUUCGCAGCCAUGAUACUGAAUGUCCUGCUAAGAUUUGCAUGGCUGCAAACUGUGUUGAACUUUAAGCUGUCAUUACACAGACAAGCUUUGAUUGCUAUUGUUGCAAGCCUGGAGAUCAUUCGUCGUGGCAUUUGGAAUUUCUUCAGGUUGGAGAAUGAGCAUUUGAACAAUGUAGGGAAGUACCGUGCAUUCAAGUCUGUACCUCUGCCUUUUUACUACGAUGAAGACGAAGAAAAGGACGAAUAGCUAGCAUUCCACUAGACUCACAAGGCCAUCUAAUUCAUUAUUCUACUCACACUGGAUGGCUGGGGGUAUGGAGAGAGAAUACUUUUUUUAUUUCUUAAUAAUAAUUCAGUUCGAUUAAUUAAUUACUUCUUUCAUUAUUUUGUACAUGGAAAUAUGGAAUAUUGAGUCAAUAAUGAAAGAUAUGAAUGACUUCCUGUUCAGUCAAUGUGUAAAUGGGUAGAUUAACAUGUUAUGGGUAUUUUGAUUAAUGUAAAGAUGACCAUUUACUCAUCAGAUCCUUUGGAACUUGGAAUAUAACUCCAAUUAUAGCAGAUGUAAA